AUGCUAUCAUACUCUAAUAAUAUUAUCUUUAUAGGAGAUCAAAGAUGGAAAUGUAUAGUGACUCCAUGUUUAGAAUUACAAAAUGAAUAUAAUUAUAGUACAUUACACCUUAAACUAGUUGAUACACUUACGCAAUUAUUGUUUCAAUUUCCAAAUGCAAAGACAUUUUCUAAACUUGAUGAUGAUGGUCUUAUUCAUCCAUAUUUGUAUUAUGAUCUUGUAAAUAAUUUUGAAUCAAAUAAUUAUGCUGGUAUACCAGCUAUUUAUGAACUUGAGGGAACAAUGUAUAAAUUUAUUUUUAUGGAAGGUGUCUUUUAUAUGUUGGGAAGAGAAAUUGCUGAAUGUUUCUUACGUAAUAAUCUUAUUUCUGAUACUUUUAUUGGUGAAGAUAUAUUGUUUGGAAAAAUUGUUUCAAAUUAUUGUAAUGCAAAAUUCAUAGAUCUUAAUAAUACUAAUAUGAUUUGGCACAGACGAUAUAAUUUGGGUAAAAACAAAAAUUGUAAUUUAGAACAACAAUAUGAAAAUGAUUUGAAUUAG